GAAAUACUUCAAGUUCUUCAACCUGGUCGCGAUUGAGUACUGAGUAUCAGUGCUAGUACUGCUCGAAUCCAAAAUUUUCGAUGACGGCCGGAACGACUUCUCUAGAGAUCCUAAAGCAGAUCAUACAGCGUGUUCAAGAAACACAACGCCUAUGUCUUGCUCAUCCCUCUACUUCGUCAUCGUCCUUCUCGCUCGCUUCUCAAUAUCCCCUGCGACGACCUAUUGCUAAUGUUUCCCUUCCUGACCCGCCCCCAAUACAACCUGCUCUUAUGGCUGUUGGCGCCCGGCCAGAAAUCUCCCUGGUGAUGGACCAGGAAUACCAGAAGCGGGCUGCUGAAUUGCGAACUUUCUGUCAGUCAGCUGUAGCACAUGUAUGCUCAAAUCAGGCGCAGCAUCCGUCCAUGUCUCCCUAUGUCACCGAACAAAAAAUCAUCCCCGUGUUCACCGAGUUAUAUCUCAGACAGCUCGGCUCUUGGAGGCAAGAUUGUGUCGACUUAUAUCUUAAGCAUCCGUCAACAAGAACAAGUGAAAAUGUACAACCUUCAAGUGCUACACCAAAAUUUAAUCAUGAAUAUGUUCCAUUGCUGGAAUACUUCUUCGCAGAGAACCCGUUCCCAACCCAUGCCGACAAGGCUUUUCUUGCAAAGAAAUCAGCAAUGACGUAUCGUCAGAUUCAUGUUUGGUUUCAAAACAAGCGCAACAGGAUGAAGAAAGAAGGUCAAGUCUUAAGAAGGAAGACAGUGGCGGAGGGUGCCACUCUUCCAUUGGAUAACCUGUACCAGCGUAUGGAGAAAUUUAUUGUGCCAGAAGAAAGGAAGGUGCCCGCGUCGCCUCCCAGUCGUCCGCAUUCUCCUACCAAGCAAGGAGACGAAAUGAUGUCUAUCGCAGACAACCGAUGCAACCCACUCGAACCUCUGGCAUCUUUGCACGCAUUUCCAUCGGAGUAUCCCCCUUCAUGCUCGUAUGACCCUUUCCCAUGGAAGAAUGGUGUGACGAAUUUUGGUGCACCAAAAUGGCUCCGGCGCCCAACGACCACAGCUGUUCGACGUCCUACAUUGGACAUUGAUGGGCUCGUAGACUGCUUCUCGAGGAUAAACAUUCUGGAUGAUUCUGGUUCGCGUUCACGCGGUAGUGUCGAUUCAUUUGCAGCUGUGGCUGCCAUUACAGUUAUACCCUUCCCUGCACCUCUACCUGCCCUCAUUCGGGGGACAGCUACGCGUAUUGCACCCAUCCGUGUUCCCCUACUUUCCAUUCCUGCAACUGCGUCUCGUCGUCAUGUCUUCGAUACUCCCAGUCCCCAAUCAAGACCUAUUACAUUGGUGCUGGCCUCUGAGACCCCAACAGGGCAGAAGGCCUGGCGCCGAAAAAUGGCACCAUUGCCAAAACGCAUUCCUCAUGGGAACCCGGUUUCUCAUCGGGGUGUCACGCCAGCCAUUUCGGAGGCAUCUGUUGCCUCACCUUCGCCAACAUCGCCCUCGCGUUCGUCUUCAUUCGGGUCUGAGAGCUCUUCACAGAGCCGCCUGCUCUCAAGCGCGAGCUCCGUGUCGAGCAGUUCCUCUGGUGUCACGACACCGCCUCCAUUCCCAUCACCUUCAACACAGCUUACGUCUCCUCCAAUGUCCUUGUACAAUUUCUCUUCAAAUAUGACCGAUCUAUUCGGCGAUGCUUUGGAAAGCAUUCCCUCACCGGCGGAGGGACUUCAGCUUGACUUUAAUUCAAGCAUAUUCGGGAAUGAGCACAUCCUGAAGUCGCCGGCGUUGGACUUCUCCUUCGGUGCGGCCCCAGCAGCGGGUCCUGUUCGCGCACCGUCAUGAGCUACUCUGCGGUGGGAGUCCACGGACUUCAUUUUAGCAUGCUCCAGAUAGUGCUUGCUUUCUGCCUUUGGCACGCCAGGCCUCACUGCUACGGAACAUCCAGCGGUGACGAAGGGCUACGGCAGCGCCCUAUUGCAUCCCUUCAUAUAAUACCCUGAAGCGGACCCUAUGCACUAUGCAAGUCUUAUGUAUAUGACAACGUGUCCUGACUUGCGCUGUUAUUGCUGUCUAAUCACUGCUUUUGCCUUUUAAGUAGUCAUCUCUUCCAUGCGAUAUCCUUUCUUUUCGCUCAUUUGAUGUUAUCUAGUCAUAUUAUUGUA